AUGCUUAUACAGUCAAGGUUCCCUCUCAAAGCUCUACAGCAAGUACUGUCGAAACGCUUUAAUAGCAGUAGUCUCAACCCUACCAUUAAAAACCAAUUAUCAAAUCCUCCACCAAUAGGAUCAAUAAUAGAAGCUAGAGGGUUUGUUAAAAGUAUUAGAUCAUCUAAAAAAGUUGGGUUUGUCGAUAUAACUGAUGGUUCUAUUAGUAAUAAUCUAAACAUUGUUCUUCAAGGUCCAGAUCAACCAAAAUUUAAAGUUGGACAAAGUAUAGUCGUGAAAGGAGAUUGGACUGUUGGGAAGGGCAAACAACCAUUUGAAUUGAAAUAUAAUCCUGAAAAUCCACAACAUGCUAUUACUAUUUUAGGUGAUGUGACUGAUGAUUACCCAUUACAAAAAAAAGCCACUUCAAUGUCAUUUUUAAGAAAUUUUCCUGAAAUCAAGCAUAGAACUAGUACAUUAGGGUCAUUUUUACGAUUACGGUCACAUUUGGAAUUCAAAUUGAUGGAAUUUUUCCAAUCAAGAGAUUUUAUUAAAGUUACACCUCCAUUAAUUACCAGUUCCGAUUGUGAAGGUGCUGGAGAAGUGUUUAAAAUAGAACCAUUGAAUGAUAAUAAUCCUAAGGAACCAUUUUUCGGUAAAAAUGCAUAUUUGACUGUGUCUACUCAAUUACAUCUUGAAUGUUUAGCAUUGGCAUUAAAUCGUGCAUGGACAUUAACUCCGUGUUUUCGAGCUGAAAAUUCAAAUACAACAAGACAUUUAAGUGAAUUUUGGAUGUUAGAAGCAGAAAUUUCUCAUGUUAAUAAUGUGGAUCAAGUUACAACCUUCACUGAAGACAUGAUAAAAUUUGUCACCAAAUCAUUGGUUGAAAGUAGUCAUAGUACUGAGCUUAGCGAUCUUGGUGCUGGUAAUGGUAAUGAUUACUUGAAUGGAACUUAUAUAGAGAAGGAUGUUGUGCAGUCGAGAUGGUCAAAUAUAUUGAGUGCUGAAAGAUGGCCACGCAUGACAUACACUGAAGCAAUUGAAUAUUUGAACAAAACAUUACCUCAGGAUGAACAACUUAUAUGGGGGGAUUCAUUACAAUUGAAACAUGAAAGACUUUUAGCAGAAAAAAGUCCAAUAUUUAUAACUGAUUAUCCAGAAUCACAAAAACCAUUCUAUAUGUUGAAAUCGGCCAAUUAUAACGCUGAAAACCCAACAGUGGCAUGUUUUGAUUUAUUAGUACCUGAAUUUGGAGAAUUAGCUGGAGGAUCGAUGAGAGAGCAUGAUUACCAAGUGUUAUUGGCUAAUAUGAAACAAGAAAAUAUGAAUAUAGAAGACAUGGAAUGGUAUUUGAACUUGCGUAAACAAGGAACUAUCCCCCAUGGUGGAUUUGGUUUAGGAUUUGAGAGAUUAAUAUCUUAUUUGGCUGGUUAUGAUAAUGUUAGAGAUAUAUCUGCUUUUCCGAGAGCUCCUGAAUUGUGUAAUUGUUAA